AUGUAUACACAAAUAUUCAAGGAAAUUCUUCUUGAUAUGGAUCAUGGUCAACAAGCCAUUAAAGAUUUAGUCACCUUCUGCCAAGAACAAUAUAAAGGUAAUAAAACAGAACUCAAAAUUAUUGAUGAAUUUCAGCGUACUUAUCAUCCAACAUUGGCGAUAUGGUGGUAUACACGCCAAUGCUUUACAUAUAAGAUGCUUAAUCGAGCAUUACGAACACUUGAUGGUGACAUAAUCAUUAGAAUGGGAUUUUAUUUAUGUGAUGUCCAUCGACAAAUUGAAAAUUUACAUAGCAAACAAAUCAAUGAAUAUCAUGCCUUAUCUGAAAAUCAUCCAGAUAAAGCUACUACAUACAGUGACAUUGGUGAUGUUCAUCGAUUAAUGGGUGAUUAUGAGAAGGCAUUGUUAUUUCAUAGAAAAGCAUUAAAUAUUCAAGAAAAUGUUCAAUGUAAUCCUUUAGAUUGUGCAUUGGCAUAUAUAAAUUUAGGUGAAACUUAUCGAGAAAUGAAAGAUUAUACAACAGCAUUGACAUAUUUUCAAAAAGGAUUAGAAAUACGUCAGAAGAAAUUACCAAAAAAUCAUCCUGAUUUAGCUGUUGUAUAUCACAAUAUGGCAAAAUUAUAUUUAUCAACUCGACAAUAUAAUAUGGCAAUGAAAAAUAUUCAACAAACGAUUGAAAUUGCACAAGAGAAAUUACCUUCAACUCAUCCUCAUCUUUCGGACUAUAAAGAAACAUUUGAAAAAAUUCGAAAGAAAAUGUAA